AUGUGGAACAUGAUCCAGGCUGCUGUGACCACAGCCAGGAUGCUGUGUGGUGAAGAGCCUGACUGCAGUCACAGCUACUCUCCAGGGGACCCUCUGGACAAGGCAGAAAUCCCAUCAGGAUCAAGUGGGUGGAGCUUCAGGACUGAGCAGAUGCUGCUUUCUGAUUGGACACUGGGAGUUGGCCAAGGCUCCAGCACACUGAGCACCAUGUCCCUGCCCACACUGCGGCAGCUGGCCAUGCAGAGCCUGCUAGAGGACCAGGCCUUGGCCAUCUCUGCUCUGGACGUCCUUCCCUUGGAUCUCUUCUCCACGCUGUUCAGAGAGGUGGUUGCCAAGAGACGCAUGGAGGUGCUGAAGGCCAUGGUGCAGGCCUGGCCCUUUGCCUGCCUCCCCCUGGGGGCCCUGGUGGGCUCAGUUGACCUGGAGAUCUUACAAGUCACCCUGGAGGGCCUUGAUGUGCUGCUUGAGCAGGGAGCGGGGCCCAGAUGCAAACUGCAAGUGUUAAAUCUGCAGAAUAUGUCCCUGAACAUCUGGACCUCAGGGUACAUAGCAAUGUCUCAAGCCUGCUCAGCAGCAGCCCUGACUGACAAGCCAGCAGCCAAUCACUGUGCAGCCCUGAGGGAGGAGCCCCCCUUCAGGAUAUUCAUGGAUGUCACCAUCAGUGAUGGCCCCUGGGAUUGUGUGCUGGCCCACGUGCUCCGGUGGGUGGAGACAAGAAGAGACCAGGUUCAGCUGUGCUCUAAGAAGCUGCAGGUUCUGUUUGCCUCCACCUCUGGCUCCACCUCUCAAAUACAAAGCACUCUUGGAGUGCUUCAUCUGGACUCCAUCCAGGAGCUGGUUGUGGAUGAUUUCUGGCAUCACAAAACACUGGAAAGUAUGGUUCCUUAUCUGACCCAGAUGAAGAACCUUCGCAAGCUUUCUCUGGCUAAGAUGAAAAUGGAAUGUUGUUCUUGUGUUGUGGUGAAUUUACACAGAUACUUGUCCCAAAACCUGCUGCAGGGAAAUCAUCAAGUUAAUGAACGAGAAGGCUUCUUCCCUCAUGAGAACCUGGAGAAGGUCUUCAGGACCCUCAAGCCUCUGACCACUCUGUCUUUGAUUUCAAGUCCACUGAAUGAAGCAGACCUGAGGUGUCUGUCCCUGUGUCCCUCCACCAGUCAGCUCAAGUACCUGCGUCUCAGGACCAUAUAUUUGGGUCAAUGGAGUCCUGGGCCCCUCCGAGCUCUGCUGGAGAGAGUGUCUGGCACCCUGGAGGCCCUGGCCUUAGAGCACUGUGGGAUCACUGAGGCCCAGCUCUCUGCCAUCCUGCCCGCCCUGAGCCAAUGCUCCCAGCUGAGCUUCUUUAGCAUCUAUGGUAACCGCAUGUCCUUGGCUGCCCUGCAGAACCUGCUGAGCCACACAGCCAGGCUGAGGCCAUUGCAGCGAGGGCUGUAUCCGGCCCCUGUGGAGAGCUAUGACCACGAAUGUUUGUUGUAUGGAUGCAGAGUCAACAGGGAGAGAUUUGCCCAGUGUCAGGACGGUGAUGUGGGAUGUUCUACUCACCAUGGGCUCCUGUGUCCUGUCUUCUCAAAAAGAAAUCUGAGUGGUGUGCAUUCAGCCUGGGAGGAACAAGAGAGAAUUUCUGUUUCCUGAAUGGUUGUAUGGAAA